CCUCAAAGGCAUAAACCUUUCAUGUUUUUAACUAGUUCUUAGCUUAAUUCUGUAUUAGUAAUUAGCAAAAUGUGAGAAAUUCAUAUUCUUGUUGUAGUUUAAUAUUUUUCCCAAAUUUUCGCAUGUACAAACUUCACACCGGCUACUUUUCACACGUGAUAACAAAAUUAGGUUAUGAUUAUGUAAGGUUGAUGAACUGUCAAUUUCAUAUAACUGUGAUGUCCACACAUUUAUUAGAAAAAUUAUAUUAAAUAUUCAACGUAAAACUAUUACAAAACCGUAGAUCUGGUUGAAAUCCUACCUUUAUAUCAAAUUAAAGAAAAAUUUGAAAGUUAUACCAGUAACAACAUUCACAAUGGUUGAACAACAGAGGCAGAGGAUUGAACAAGAAAUGACCAAACUAAUUAAUGAAUUGGACCUCCAAUAUUUACGGAAAAUGCAAGCAGAUAUGCACCGAUGUGCUGCAACUUGCUGCGAUAAUAGAGAUGGAUCCUUAGAGCAGGUUCAAAAGUGUGUGGAGCGUUGCUCCACAAAGAUUCAUUGGGCUCAAUCAUAUGUACAAACAGAAAUGGAUCACCUUCAGAAUAAACUACAGAGAUGUGUUCUAGACUGUAAUGAUGAUAUCAAACUUAAAAUGGGUCCUAAUCCGACAGACUCUGAGGUUCAAAAAUUUACUGCUCAGUUUGAAACCUGUGCUACGAAAUGCGUAGAUAGCCAAGUCGAAUAUAUUCCUUCCUUGUUAAAGAGAAUGAAAGCUAACAUUUCAAAGGGACAAACGUGAUUCCUUCUGCAUGCAGUUUAUAUUCGAAAUAUCUAUGUUAGUUAUCAAAAUUACUGAUUUCCUGUAAUUUGUGAUUGUUUAUUAUAUAAAGAUGAAAACAAACAACUA